AUGGACGAAAAUAAUAAUGGCACCGCCAAAAGACCAGCCUGUGACAAUUGCAAAGAGAGAAAGACCAAAUGUGAUCGCGGCUCUCCAUGCUCCAGUUGCGUUGCAGCAGAACUGGAAUGCAGACUUACUCGACGCGCACCAGAGAAGCGUCAGCGCGUCCUUAUCUCUGCCCGCUACGAUGAAGCUAUAGAGAACGUCGACCGCUCGCUGCAGGACGUUUCCCGCUCAUUACAAAAGCUUCUACAUAGUACUGAACGGCGCGAACAGCCGCAAAAUGACUCUCCAGCUCCAUUCGUCAGCAAUCAUCUACUAGACACCUCCGGGACAUCAGAAGGCUAUACCGGCGACUCCUCGUUUGAAGCCCACGUUCAGCGGGUGGCUGAUGCCGUCAAAAAUGCUGCAUUAUCUCUGGAUUUGAGAAUGGCUGAUGCGGACUUCUCUGCGACCCAUGCUACUCAAAUACUCCACACGCCCGAUAACACAGAUAGUGCAUAUUCAUCUUCUUUCCAAGUCCGCUACCCCGAACUGGACGGAAGGACACUUCCUCCACUGGACCCUGUCCUCCGGCUCCUCCGGUUAUUACACACUGAGAAACAGCGGUUCUUUAUAGACGUUCCUGUGGUCGGCGAACAGGAAUUUGAAGAGAUAUGCCAAAGAGUCUAUUUCGCUGUCAACCACUACUCCCUGUCGGCAUGGAUAAUUGUCAACGCCGGGCUAUACUAUUUAUUCCUUAAUCUAAGUCCUCAUCAUUUCUCACAAAUAGCAGUGACUAGGGACAAUAUUCAGGAAAUGUUGCGUUUGCUAUCUGCAAACCUGGAAGCCGCCAUCCAGUCGAUCCGGCUUUGCCAGGACCCAUCUCUACAGUGGUGUCAGGCACUGUCUCUUUUGACAAACUAUUGUCUGAAAUUCGGCCGGACCGCAGUCGCCUGGUCAAUGAUCUCUUCAGCAUCUCGGAUGUGCAUAGACCUCGGAUUCCACCAACUCUCUUCUGAUACGGGAAAAGAAAUUUUGAAAAAGCGAAGCAUAUUCUGGCACGUAUACGUUGUGAACACAGGUAUGGCGUUUACUCUUGGAAGGACUCCAACGAUCCCUCAAUACGAUAUCGCCACAACACUGCCAUCAUUUUCUCAUGCAACGCAUGGGGCGCCAUUCCUAUACAUAGGCUUCGUCCAGUUCUCGUUCAUCGUCGGCGAAAUGCACAUCCAACUCUUCUCCGCAGCCGCACAGCAAUCCUCCCCGCAGGCACGCGCUGACAGCGCCCAAUCCUUCGCCGCUAAACUCGCCAAAGUCAAUAACGACGUUAAAAGGUCACUCCUGGAUACCCCUGUCGAUGCAGUGUUCGAAAACGCAAGCAUCCUUGUCGAUAUCGUCAUGCAUUGCUUUGUUACAAUUGCCUACCGGCUCGUUCCAAGCAGCGAACCAAACUCACAUCCUCUCCAAUGUAAUUCUGGUUGUAUCGAUGCCGCCAGACAAGCCCUCUCAACGAUAGUCCGCGGAAGCCAGACCCUUGGUCAACGGGACUCCCUCGGGUGGGCCCGGUUUCUGAACUUCUUGUUUUCCCUAGUCCCCUUCGCCAGCUUCGUCGUACUCGCUGGGAAUACAGUGGCGUCAUCCUCAGCGGAGGACCUGGCUCUUCUCUCCGCUGCAAUCGCAGCCAUUGAACCGAUAGCCACUAGUUCUUUGCCCGGAAGGAAACUGUACGAUGCAUGCCAAUCUUUCUACCAGUUUUCACGGUUCGCGGUUGCCAGACAGGUUGCAUUCGCCGAUCAAACGCUAGUUAGCAGCCACGGUCCCGAAGCACCUUUCUCGGCAUCGCUAGGUCCUCCUCAAUCCGCGGUAUCAUAUGAACAUAUCAUGGCGCCACAGGAUUGGGACGCUGUCAUGAACGAGCUUGAUCUUGAGAUUGGUGUCGGUGCGAUGGCGUCAUUCGUGGAGCCGUAUAUCCCAUUCGAUGGAUCUCUCCCUUGA